GGCCGCGUGGAGGUUCAACUGCGUGAGCGAAGCGGUGUUGAACAACUCGAAGCUUGGCUACGUAAAUGCUCGUGGUUUCCCCCGCAAGAAAUGUCCCAAUAUCCGAACGCUCCUUGAUUUUAGAAGUAUCUAUAGAUAGUAGAACGUAUAAGAGUACCACUUGCAAGUUUUUUUUUUAGAAAUUUUAUCAGAAUGGACCUUGCACACACAAAACCGGUUCCUGAAAUCCUCAAAUAUUUUAAUGUGUCUGAAAGCAAAGGGCUUGAUCCAGCACAAGUAAAGCAGUUUCAAAAGAAAUUCGGUCCUAACGAACUACCGGCAGAAGAUGGCAAACCUUUAUGGAAACUUGUCCUUGAGCAGUUCGAUGAUUUACUUGUGAAAAUUCUUCUCGUAGCGGCAGUUAUUUCGUUUGUCUUAGCAUUGUUUGAAGAAGGUGAAGACCAAACUACAGCUUUCGUCGAGCCGAUUGUGAUUUUAGUAAUUCUUAUUCUCAAUGCCAUUAUUGGCGUUUGGCAGGAGAGAAAUGCUGAAAGCGCUAUUGAAGCAUUGAAAGAGUAUGAACCUGAGAUUGCUAAAGUUCAGCGUCAAGACAAAUCUGGUAUUCAGAUGAUAAAAGCUCGUGAUUUGGUACCAGGAGAUAUUGUCGAAGUUGCAGUUGGAGAUAAAGUCCCCGCUGAUAUCAGGAUCACCACAAUCAAGUCAACAACUCUAAGGGUGGACCAGUCCAUAUUGACAGGUGAAAGCAUUAGUGUUGUAAAACACACAGAUGCUAUUCCAGAUGAACGAGCUGUAAAUCAAGACAAGACUAACAUGUUAUUCUCUGGAACCAAUAUUGCAUCUGGAAAAUGUAGUGGUGUUGUCGUAGGAACAGGAUUAAGUACUCAAAUUGGUAAAAUUAGAGACCAGAUGAUUCCAUCAGACGAUGAGAGAACACCAUUACAGCAGAAGCUGGAUGAGUUUGGUGAACAGCUUUCUAAGGUCAUAACUAUUAUUUGUAUAGCUGUUUGGGCUAUCAACAUUGGACAUUUCAAUGACCCCAUCCAUGGAGGUUCCUGGCUUAAGGGAGCCAUCUACUACUUCAAGAUUGCAGUAGCAUUAGCUGUUGCUGCCAUCCCUGAGGGUCUACCUGCAGUUGUCACCAUCUGUCUUGCCCUGGGCACGCGAAGGAUGGCCAAAAAGAAUGCUAUUGUUAGGAGUCUGCCAUCUGUGGAAACACUCGGAUGCACGUCUGUCAUCUGCUCUGACAAGACUGGUACCCUCACAACAAACCAGAUGUCUGUCCACAAGUUUUUUGUCAUGAAAGAUAUCAGCAGAGGUAGAGCAGAAUUUCACGAGUUUGAAGUGGAGGGAACAACCUAUGAUCCUGUUGGAGAUAUCACCAAGGAUGGUAGGAAUGUGACGACAUCUGACUAUGAAGUCCUGCCUGAAUUUGCCACCAUCUGCUCCCUAUGCAAUGAUUCUAGUGUGGAUUACAACAAUGUCCGUGACAGCUAUGAGAAGGUAGGUGAGUCAACAGAGACUGCCCUGAUAGUGCUGGUAGAGAAACUGAAUGUGCUGAAUGUGGACUUGGAGGGGAAGACCAAGGCGCAGCUAGCAACCAUCUGCAAUGAGUCAAUCAAAAACCACUUCAACAAGGAGUUCACCCUAGAGUUCUCAAGAGACCGCAAGUCUAUGAGUGUAUACUGUGUCCCUCAGAAAGAUGGGCCCAACUCCUUCCUUGAUGGCAAGCCCAAGAUGUUUGUCAAGGGCGCUCCUGAGGGAAUCUUGGACCGCUGUGACUUUGUCAGAGUUGGGAACAAGAAACACCCAAUGACUCCAAAGAUGAAGGCCCAGAUCCUGAAUCUUAUCAAAGCCUACGGCACUGGAGCUGAUACUCUUCGCUGUUUGGCACUUGCCACUGUGGAUGACCCUAUUGCUCCCAGUAAAAUGGACCUUGAAGCUUCAGAGAAGUUUGUUAAUUAUGAGAGUCACAUGACCUUUGUAGGUGUCGCUGGAAUGUUGGAUCCACCACGCCCAGAAGUGACUGAUGCCAUCAAGCUCUGCGCUAAGGCUGGCAUUAGAGUCAUUGUUAUAACCGGAGAUAAUAAGGCUACAGCUGAAGCGAUCUGCAGAAGAAUCGAAGUAUUUGGCCAAGAUGAAGACACAACUGGACUUUCAUACUCUGGGAGGGAGUUUGAUGACUUGACUCCUUCAGAGCAGAGAGAAGCAUGCCUACGCGCUAGGCUGUUUUCCCGUGUGGAACCUUCACACAAGAGCAAAAUUGUGACAUACCUCCAAGAGGAAGGGGAGAUCUCUGCCAUGACUGGGGAUGGUGUCAAUGACGCCCCUGCACUUAAGAAAGCAGAGAUUGGGGUCGCAAUGGGUUCUGGGACAGCAGUGGCGAAGACUGCCUCUGAAAUGAUUCUAGCAGAUGACAACUUCUCCACUAUUGUGGCUGCCGUAGAGGAGGGCAGGUCAAUCUACGACAACACCAAACAGUUUAUCCGAUAUCUCAUAUCCUCCAACAUCGGUGAAGUUGUCAGCAUCUUCCUCACUGCAGCCCUCGGUAUGCCAGAGGCUCUCAUACCUGUGCAACUGCUAUGGGUCAAUCUUAUGACAGAUGGCCCCCCAGCUACAGCGCUCAGCUUCAACCCCCCUGACUCUGACAUCAUGAGUAAGCCUCCACGCUCGCCCCGGCAGCCUCUUAUCAGUGGCUGGCUGUUCUUUAGAUACUUGGCUAUUGGCAUGUACGUUGGCUGUGCUACUGUGGGUGCUUCUGCCUGGUGGUUCAUGUUCUAUGAGAAUGGCCCUAAAGUUUCCUACUAUCAACUUACUCACCAUAUGCAGUGUGGCACAGACCCCAGCUUUGGCCUAGACUGUGCAGUGUUUGGAGAUUUACAUCCUAUGACUAUGGCACUGUCAGUUCUAGUUACUAUUGAAAUGUUUAAUGCAUUAAACAGUUUAGCAGAGAAUGAAAGUCUGUUGACGAUGCCUCCAUGGAGAAAUCCUUCCUUGUUGACGGCCAUAGCAGCAUCUUUUCUUAUGCAUUUCCUUAUUCUGUACUUCCCUAUAACUAAUACAAUCUUCCGCAUAACUCCACUUAAUUGGGUAGAGUGGAUGGCUGUAUUAAAGUUCUCUUUCCCUGUUAUUUUACUGGAUGAAGUACUGAAGUUUAUCUCCAGAACAUUUGUUGUUCAUUCUGCCCCUUUGCAUAAACACAAAGUAGACUAAAGCAUGCGGGAAAUGCAGAAGUCUUGUACCAUUUCCUCAUCCUCGCUUAUUAUCAAGACAAGGGCUGUACAUUGUGCCACCCAAGUCUCAGCUACAAGGAGGUUAACAUUCAACACCGAACCAAACCUUGGCCACAGCUCCAGGAACCAAAUAACAUAGGAAAUUAACAGACUAGCACUUCAAUCCAUCUGCUGGGGUAACCAAAUAUUCAAAAAAAUGUCAAUAAGUCUUAUGAGUAACCGUAGAAUUGGUUUGUUGUUCCAAUCAAAGAGCUUGCUCAGAGAACCGAUUGUUUUUAUGGGACUUUCCAUUACUUGGCUGAAGAAAAAAAGCACUGGAUAUUUUGUCAUGAGUCUGCAAAACGAUGCAUAAAGAAGCCUGACUUUAGUCUAUAGUAGAUAAAUAGUUGACUAUUUAAUAUUUGUAUAUCUUCCUGUGUCUAGGCUCUGGCCUGUUUUGAUUUAAGUUUUCCUUUUGCAAACAUCUGAUAUUUUCUAAAUGUGUAAUAGCACAAAAACCUGUUGGCGGGACUUCAUAAUUUAUAGAAUGCUUGGAAAUUAGAUUCACUCCCCUAGAAUAUACAACAGAAAAUCGAGAUUUGAAUUUUCAAAAGGCCCUGUCGAUGAACAUAAAAAUAUUGACUGAUCUAGGUUAAGCAAGUUCGCAAAAUGCCUUCAUGUGUAAUAUACAUAGGUUUCUAGGAUAAGACUGAGAUAAAGUUGACUCGUGUUAUUACAGACAUCCUUUUGUAAGAUUUGAUAUCUUCAAAAGAGGAUGUCUGUAACAAUUGGUCAUUGUCCGAAAUAGCAAACUUAGCAUUAAAUACAUUAUUUACUGGCAGCAUUAACUUAAGAUUUUUUUUCUAUUUAUCAGUUUCAGAUUUUAUUAAAAGAAUCAUUUUACAGAGAUUUGUUAUUCUAGAAGGGUUUGCAUGGUUGAAUAGCAGCACAAUUCUUAGCUCACUAUAUCAUGCAUAAGUUGUGCUUGCUCUCACUCAUUUGAAGUCUUCUCUUUUGCAUUUAGCAUCGUAUAGAAGUGAUAUAUUUAGAUGUCACUCAUUAUUAUCUUCAUCUGUUUUUACGCUAUGUUUGUACAGUCAGUGUUUUGUACUUCUAGUAAGCUCUUUCAUUCGUGAAUUAUGAAAUUAUUUAAUCAGUGAAGGUGGUAGAGAUAUUAGUUCAAUGAGAUUUAUAUGAUCGUAUCAUGAGCUUCAUUAACUUGACGCAGAGAUGUAAGGAAUCGCUGAUUAAUAAAGUAGAAAGGAAAAACUGUAA